ACUUGUCGAAAAACCGUUUUUGUGAAAUCCCUCCAGAAGUUUGUAUGUUUGCGCCGCUGGAGUCAUUAAACCUCUACCACAACUGCAUAAAGGUUGUUCCAGAGGCCAUUAUCAACCUACAGAUGCUCACCUAUCUGAACAUCAGUCGAAAUCAGCUGUCCGUUCUCCCCAAGUUUCUCUUCAAUCUUCCUCUGAAAGUGCUGGUGGUCGGCAACAAUAAACUUUUGUCUAUUCCUGAGGAGAUCGGAAAGGCCAAAGACCUCAUGGAACUGGACGUCAGCUGUAAUGAGAUCCAGGUGCUUCCUACUCAAAUGGGGAAACUCCUCGCGUUACGUGAACUCAACAUACGAAGAAACUGUCUACAAGUGUUACCAGAUGAGUUGUCCGAUCUGCCAUUGAUUAGGUUGGAUUUCUCCUGUAAUAAAAUCACUGAGAUUCCCAUAUCUUACCGCAAACUUAAGCAGUUACAGCACAUCGUUCUUGACAACAACCCCAUGCAGUCUCCUCCUGCCCAGGUGUGUCUGUACUCAUCUGUUACUGUCUAUCUCUUCACAU